AUGGCUGCCAUGUUUUUAAGUCUCUUAGUUUUAAUGUCUUAUGGUAGCAAUUAUACGAUAGUUUUAAACACAAAGUAUAAUGAUGAAUCUGUCUUUAGUGAUGUUAUUCAAAGUGACUACAAAGAGAUCUACUUUUGUAGUCAGAAUAUUCGAUUAGCUCGAACUUCACUUCAAAAUGCUCGAGUCCGUUCGGCAAUUGUGAAAUGGAAUAAGCGUGGUUUGACGAUGCUGGCAGCACCAGAAAGCAAGAUACUGCUGCAUAUUACCAUACAAAUUACUAUACAUGGCGAUAUAGAGUUGAAUCCCGGUCCUGGAUUAAUACCAGAUAAUCAAAUUGUACAACAAUCUCGUAGAAAUUCUCGCUCUGGUGGAAUCACCGCAUUGAGUCGUGAUAUUUUGUUAUCGUAUCGAAAGUUCGGAAGUAAACCUACACCAAAAGUAAUGGCUAUGUGUAAAGCUUUAAACAUUUUUAAAUACAGAAGCAAGCGAGGAGGUCGAAGGUGUAUAAAGUUAACGGAAACGUACCAUAACGAACGCAAUACAAUUAAAGUUGUUGUGGGUAAUCGACCAUGCGGCACUUGGUCGCGGAUACAAAAACAACGAAGUGUAAAUCUCGUACAAAUACCUCGUGAGCCAUUGUUAAGGCAAGUCAGAAAUACAGCAUUUGCUGUUCCUAAGGUAAUGCUUAUUAAUAUUUGCUCCUUAAACAAAACCAAGAACAGGGUUAGAGCGGUCUCAGCCUUGGAGGCAGACAUGAAAACUCUAGAUAUUGAUAUUUGUGUAGUGUCUGAAACACAUCUAAAACCAAAUAUUCCUGAUACAAUUGUGAAUAUUCACGACUACUCAAUUUAUAGGAGGGAUAGAAACUGGGCUAAUAACGAUUCGAGAUGUAAGGGAGGAGUGGCUGUUUACAUAAGAAAUAAUAUUACUGUGACCGAUGUUUACAGGUCGAAUUUAUAUGAGCUAAUUUGCAUAACCUUGACACUUCCCUCUGGACAUCAUAUGUUAGUUUGUGGUCUAUAUCACCCACCAAAGUUUAGUUAUAAGGAGCAAGAACUGAGAGAUUACCUAAUCCAUUUUGUUGACGAAAGGUUGGACAGGUAUCCAGAUACUGUGUUUCUAUUCGGUGGUGAUUUAAAUCAUUUGGACUUAGAGCAGCUACAGAUAGAAGUAGGCUGGGAUAUUUUAGUAAACUUUCCAACUAGAGGUGAUGCGACCUUGGACAAUUGUCUAACAAAUCGUCCUGAUUUAUUUGGUGAGAGUUUCCCUUUCCAAACUUCUAUUAAGACUGAUCAUAUUGCUGUUGUCCUCCCUGCUGGAACAAAGUUAAAACCAAUUCGAAGGAAAGUUCAAAUACGUGAUUGCAGAAAACACCGUAAAGCUGCUCUCUACAACUCAAUGGCAACUGAAACAUGGGAUAAUGUUAUAGACUCCAGUGAUGUUCAGCAGGCGGUACUUUUCUUAGAAUGUAAGAUCCUUAGUCAUAUGGAUAACUGUAUGCCGAUUAGGACAAUAUCAAUGUCGUCACGUGACCCCGUGUGGAUGACCCCGCUAUUAAAGUCGAUGAUUAGAGCAAAGUCAAGGAUAUCCGAGCUGAACAAGGACAGGUUAAAGGAAAUUAACAAACGAAUAUCAGAAGUCAUAUCGGAGAAUAGGAGGAAAUGCAAGACCACCCCAUUAGGAAGUAAGGCAUGGUGGAAAAUGACUGAUGCCCUGAGUCAACGUAAAAAACAAGAUAGAGCGAUUCUAGAUAACACUAGAUUGUCAGAUCUAAAUGAUUACUUUGCUAAGUUAUGCUCUGAUGACACAUAUGUUGAACCAACACCAUUGCGAAUUGAAAGUGAAGUCGAAACACCAAGAGUUAGUGAAUUGCAAGUAUGGAAUAUCCUUAAAGCUCUUACGAAAACUGCAACAGGACCAGAUCAAAUUCCAUACUGGAUCUGGAAAGAACACAAAGAGAUAUUAACCCCAGUAAUCACAAGAGUGUGGAAUCUAUCAUUAUCUACCCAAAGCUGGCCUUCGGCAUGGAAGCGAUCAAAUGUAAAUCCCCUUGCAAAAGUAGAAAUGCCGAAUGAAAAUCAGGAUUAUCGGGGCAUUAGUAUAACGCCGGUGAUAGCUAGGGCAUUCGAGAGAAUUGUAUAUGACACCCAUGUUCGUGAUGUUGUGGAGAAUAAUCUAAGCCGCACGCAGUUUGCAUAUAGGGCCGGUGGAAACUGUACUUGCGCCCUUUUAGCCAUGCAACAUAGGAUAAACAGUUAUAUGGACGAUCCAGACUGUAGAGCAGUCCGACUGUUCACCAUGGACUUUAGUAAGGCCUUCGAUUCAGUUAAGCACGAUCUACUUGCAAGUAAAUUAAAAGCUUUCCCACUUAACCCGUAUAUUAUUAACUGGUACCUCAGUUUCUUGAAGGACAGAAAACAAAGAAUAUGCUACAAUGGAUAUGAGGGUGAAUGGAAAUGUGUCAAUAGAGGCACCACUCAAGGGAGUGUCAGUGGGCCACAUCUUUUUAACAUUUUCCUGAAUGAUUUAAACUUAGAAUUGGACGGUCUUGAUAUAUUGUUCAAGUAUGCGGAUGACUCCAAUAUUGUGGCUCCAGUUUGGAAAGAGCGAGAUUGUGCUGAUUUUUUGGUGUCACAGUUUUUGGAUUGGACAUCUAGAAAUAAGAUGAUAUGUAAUCCAGGAAAGUGUAAAGAGAUGACCAUCUACAAGCAAGGUAACCAAGAAUAUUUCUCACCAAUAGCAAUGAUUCCAAUGUGUAAAGCAGUGAAAGUGAUGGGAGUUACAUUCCAGUGUGAUGGCAAAUUUGGCGAACAUGUUAAAAACAAAUUAAUCAAGGCAAAUAAGUGUCUUUAUAUCUUACGAUCAUUGCGAAAGGAAGGUUAUUCACAACAAGAGAUAGAUCUAUUGUUUGAUACUCUGGUAUUACCAAACAUAACAUACGCAUUAUCUGUUUAUGCCGCUUCCAAAUCCGAUUUAACUCCUAUUGAAGUCUUUCUUAAACGUUGCUAUAAAAGGAAAUAUACGUCAAAGCCAGUUAGUGUGUAUAAGCUUUUAGAAAAACAAGAUCGAACCAUAUUUAAUAGAGUAUCUAAACUCUGGCAGCAUCCAUUAUUGUCACUAAUGCCACACGCUAAAGAAACAGGCUACAACUUAAGAAAAAGAAGAAGUCAUAGGCCGAAAGUUAGAACGGAACGUUUUAAAAACGUGUUUGUAAACCGUUUGGUAUACAAUUAUGACUUAGUUAUUGAUUAA